AUGGGCCAAUACCUGAUUUACUUCUUGCUCUAUUUUCAACUCAGUACUCUUUCCUUUCUAUCAGCACAGCCACUCUGCCAUGAAGAUGAGCGUCUUGCCUUGUUGCAAUUCAAGGAAAGCUUUAUCAUCGAUAAAAUUAAUACUUCUGCUGAUCGUUGUGUUUUCCCUAAGGUUGAUCAAUGGAAGUUUCAAGGGGUUGAUUGCUGCUCCUGGGAAGGCGUCGAAUGUGACCACAAUACUGGCUAUGUGAUAAGCCUUAACCUCAGUAAAAGUUGCCUUCAUGGCUCUAUCAAUUCCAGCAGCAGCCUGUUUCGUCUCGUUCAUCUUGAAAAGCUUAACCUGGCAUUCAAUAACUUUAGUUACUCCGAGAUACCAUCAGCUUUGGGCAAUCUUUCGAGGUUAACAUAUCUGAACUUGUCUUAUUCUUCAUUUUCUGGUCAGAUACCAUUUGCAAUUUCAAAGCUUUCCAAGUUAUCUACUCUUGACCUGUCCCUUAAUUCUGGUGUUAAUCCUUCUGAAGGAUUGUUGGAACUUAAAAGGCCCGAUAUGAAGAGCUUAGUACAGAAUUUAACAAGGUUAACAUACCUUGAUCUUUCUUUGGUAGAUGUAUCUUCUCCAAUUCCUAGUGUCUUGGCAAAUUUGACAUCAUUAACAUCUCUUAGUUGCCACAAUUGUAAAUUGUUUGGAAAAUUCCGGAAGAUGUUUUCAAUCUACCAAACUUUCAGCUCCUUGAGCAGUCAGCUUAAGGUAUUGUCAAUUUGGAUGACAAAUUUUUCUGGUGAAGUACCUGCCUCAAUUGGGAAUCUUCAUUCAUUGGAAUUCUUGGCACUUAGCCAUUGCAAAUUUACAGGAUUAUUGCCUCCUUCACUUGGUAAUCUCACCAAAAUCACGCAUUUAGGCGUUGAAAACAAUUCUUUUAGAGGUGAUGUACCUUCCUUUUUGUCCAACUUCACGAACCUGGAAUUUUUAUCACUUGGCAAUAAUCAAUUUCAUGCUUCUGAGAUCCCUUCCUCUUUAGAAAAUUUGAUUCAUCUGGAAAGGCUUGACCUGGCUCAAAGUUCUUUUACUGGCUGUUUCCCAACUUGGCUCACCAACUUCACCCAACUAAGGUUUAUAGACCUUGGAUUCAAUGAAUUACAAGGCGAACUUCCGAGCUCAAUUGCAAGACUCAAGAACCUUCAGUAUUUGGACAUGAACUCAAACAAUUUGAGUGGUGUAGUGGAGCUAAACACAUUUCUACAGCUUCAGAAUUUAGAGUUUUUGAGUUUAUCCAAUAAUAAGUUGUCGGUGCUGUCAAAAACUAGUGCCAACGCCUCUCUUCCAAAACUUGUCAAAUUAAGACUUGCUUCAUGCAAUCUAACAAUUUUUCCAGACUUUCUCCGCAACCAAGAAGGACUUCAGAUUCUUGACCUUUCCUUCAACCACAUUCAUGGCCAAAUACCCAAGUGGCUGUGGGAAAUGAGCAGGAAGUCUUUGUUGCUUAUAAACCUUUCACAUAACUCUUUAACCAGCUUUGAGGAGCCUCCAUUAGUUCUUCCUUGGUCUAGUCUAAUGCGGAUAGACAUUGGCAACAACAUGCUCCAAGGUUCACUUCCAAUUCCUCCCUUAUCUACAGCUGUAUAUUUAGUCUCCAACAAUUCACUCGGAGGGGAAAUCUCACCACUUUUUUGCAACGUUACUUCUCUUCAAGUUCUUGAUCUGUCUGACAAUAACUUGAGUGGCAUGAUCCCCCAAUGUUUGGCCAACUUCAGCAAUUCUUUGGCGAUAUUGAAUUUGUAUGCCAACAACUUCUGCGGACCAAUCCCUAGCACAUGGGAAAGUGGAAAUAAAUUUCCAGUUCAUCAACUUGGGUCAUAA